AAUCGAUUGUGCAUACUUUCCGCGCACCGCUUUCCUCGAACUCGUUGACAAGUAUCUGUGAUUCACAUUAUCUAUUGCCCAGUUUUAAGUUCUAUUACAAAAGUAACUAGGUUUCUAAAAAGUCUUCGACUUUCUUCUACAGUAUCUGUCAAAGUUAUAGAACUUUUAUAACCUGAGCAAAAUAUUCAUUUAGAUCCGAGACUUCUCGAUUACCUAGUCACUUAAAUUCUAUAUAAGCGACAAAUUUUUUCCGUGUAUGAGAUUACAUUAGGGCAAUUUUUAAUUAUUUUUUCUCAUACUUUAUUCAUUUAUGGAACAUGUUAAAUAUUUAUUACUUAAUUUUUGCCGUCCACUUAAUAAUUUUAUUAAUAAUAAAUGAAGACAAAACACUUGUUUUCGGAAGUGAUGUUGAAAAUAAUAUUUCGGAAGUUUGUGAAACUAAGGAAUGCCACGCAUUAGCGGAAUUAAUUAAAAAGGGAAUGAAUGAUAACGUAAAUCCUUGCAAUGACUUUUAUUCCUACGUAUGUGGUUCAUGGCAAUCUAAUUAUCCGGUUCCUAACGGCCAAAAAAACUGGAAAUUAUCAAAAAUAAGUACAGAGGAGAGAAAACAUUCUAAAAGAAAUUAUAGAAAAGCCACUAAGUUCUGAGGAUACUGAGCAAUUAAUUUUCGAGAAAAAAUUGUACAAAUCUUGUAUGGAUGAAGACAGAAUUAAGAAAAAAGGAUUGGAACCGUUGAAGAAAAUUAUAGACAAGAUUGGUGGUUGGCCAAUGGUUAUGAAUACAACUGAAUGGGAAAAAAAAGAAAUCACUUGGCAAGAUGUUGUUUAUUAUUAUGUCGAUAUUAUAGGAGGAUAUGGUUUAUUUAAUAUAGAUACUUCAUCUAAUCCAAAAAAUUCCACACUUCAAAUGAUUUGCAUUACUCAAGAAAAUAGGUUUCUGCCUGACAUCAGUUUUUUGAAUGAUAUGGAAAGUAGUCAUUAUUAUAAUCAAUAUAGUUCAUACAGUCAUGGAAAUAACGAUAAAACAAAAUAUGAAAAUUUUCUAAACAGAGCAAUUUCUAAAUAUUCAGAAUCCGAAGGAAUGAGGGACGAAAAAGAAAUCGAAAUUGAAAGUAGAAAUUUGUAUGAGUUUAUUAACUCCUUGAAGAAGAUUAAAUUAACUCAAAAUGAAAGAAGAGAAUUUGAAUACGAAAUAAUGCGAAUUAGCGAUUUUCAGAAUUUUUAUAAUCAUAACAAUACUAAUGCAAGCACAAUAUCAAAGAUUAAUUGGCUCGAAAUGAUUAAAGCCACUUACAAUAAUACUAAUGUUGUUAUUGAUGAAUCAGAAGAAAUAAUUGUAUAUGACAAACCUUACUUCAAUAAAUUAAGUCAACUACUAGAAAAAACACCUCAAAGAACAAUUGUCAAUUACAUUCAUUGGAUCUUUAUACGGGAGACCAUUCCAUAUUUAGAUAAAGAAAUAGGACAAUUCAUUUAUGACACGAAGAAAACUGCUAAAGUAGGAAUCAUCAAACCAUCAGAAAGGUGGGAAUAUUGUUUCAAUAGUUUGAAAUACAAUUUCGGAACGUCUUUUGAAUUCAUAAAACGUCAAUUUCCUAACACGACAAAAGUAUCCGCGACAACCAUGGCUAAAGAAAUCCAACAUGAAAUUGAAGUAGAAAUCUCGAACUCCAAUUGGUUAAAUAAUGAAACAAAGAACCUGGUUAAGGAAAAACUGAAGGCAAUGAAGAUUGUAAUUGGUUAUUCAGAAUCGUAUUUUUCGGAAUUUAAUUCAAGUGAUGAAAAUAUAAAUGAUGAGGUUCCGUUAGGUCCAGAUUAUUUCGAAAAUAAAAUCGCUUUUUUUAAACAUAUAAGAUUUGAAGACGCCAAAAAUAUUCGUGACCUACAGAGCAAUGAUUCUGAGCCAGUUAUUAUCUCACCACUUACCUAUAAUGCUGUUUAUGAAGAUAUCUUGAAUAGUUUGAGUGUUGCAGCUGCUCUACUUUUACUUCCCAUAUAUAAUUCGAAUUUACCUCAUGCGAUAAAUUACGGAUAUAUAGGUUUUGUAAUGGGUCACGAAAUGACUCAUGGAUUUGAUGACCAAGGACGAAAAUAUGAUAAAAAUGGAAAUAGAAUUUCUUGGUGGUCAGACGAAAUGAUUGGUGAAUAUGAGAAGAGGGCCGAAUGUUUUGUGGAUCAUUAUAAUAAGUAUAAAGUAGACGGAAAACUAACUCAAAGUGAAACUAUUGCUGAUACCGGAGGGUUGAUUGCAGCUUAUGGAGCUUACAAGCAAAAAAUGAAGAAAGAAAAUAUUAAAGAUAAACGUUUACCAGGAUUAGAAAACUUGGAUUCAGAUCAAUUGUAUUUUGUUUCUACGGCUUUUGGAUAUUGUGAGAGCGGAACACCACAAUAUUUAGCGAGAAGAAAUACUGAUGUUCAUCCAAAAUCGAAUUUGAGAAUAAAUGGACUCAUGCCAAACGUAAAAGGAUUUAGUGAUGCAUUUAAAUGUGAUAAAGAACCAAUAUGCAAAAUAUGGGAUUGAUCUGGAUUUAAUAAAAAAAUUCUCACUUUGAGAAUUUUAAUGUAAUUAAUGAAAAUUAUAAUUUUUUUUGUCACAAAAUGUGGAUCGAGAUUCGAUUCAAAAGUGAUACACGGAAAGAAAUCUUGUAAGGAUAUAUUUAAUAUUUUGACACUCAUAUUUAGUAUAUUAAGUUACAAUUGCGGAAGAUUUUGCAGAUUUUGGGGUGGUAAUAGAUUUCAUUACUAUUUUGCAAGAAUGCCUAAAAUAAAAAUAAUAUAUUUAGAAACAAAAAUAAGAAUAGUUUUUGCGAAAUUCAUAAUUGUAUUAUGAAUACUCCAAAUGUUAAAUUCUAAUACGCCCUGUAACAAGUAUUAGAAUAAAAUAUUUCAUUUUCUGUAUUUAGAAUUCCGUUAACUGGUAUAAUCAUUUUACAUUUUAAUAUAGUCGAUAAGAAAGUGAAUUGGUGUUAAAAUAGUUUCAUUCCUUAUAUUUACAUAUAGUAAUACUACUCUCUAAAUUUGAAUCAGCGAUAUGUAUACCACUGGUACCAAUCAGCGGAUAUACGCUGAAAAAUCAGUGAAAUUCCACUAAUUCAUCAGUGCAUAUAAGCUGAUUAUAAUCAGUGGUAUACUUAUAGCUGAGAAUCAGCGAGAUUCCGCUGAUUCAAAUUUAGAGAGUAAUAGAAAAUUUUUCUUUCAAAAAAUGAUAGAAAAAUAUUAAAAAUCACCGAACACUGAGAAAAAUGUUUAGUCAGAGCAACCAAAAUUUGGUUGGGCCACAGUGUUACCAAGUUAGUGGUUUUCCCACUAAAUUUAUAGUAAGAUUUUGGUCCUUCAGUAACAUUUUUAGUAGGAGAAAUAUUUUAGUAGGAAAUUUAGUAUCUUUUUUUUUUCUUUACCGGGUUUUUUAAGUGUUUUUACCUAAAUGUAAUUUUUUCUACGUAAAUUGUAUCUGAAGUAUUAAAAGUGUGAUCACUAAGUUUAAACUAUUUAAGUGAAUUUGAUUGGUUACACUGAUGGCGACCCUAUUGAAAAAAAACACGUAUAAUUAUACGUAUUAUUAUACGUACAAUUAUACGUAUAAUAAGACAUACGAAUUUGAAACAAGAAUUAUACGUAUAAUUAUACGUAUAAUAAUACGUAUAAUUAAUUAUACGUAUAAUAAUACGUAUAAUUAUACGUAUUAUUAUGCGUAUAAUUAUAAUUCUAUUAAAAAUAGAAUAAUAGAAUAGAAUAGAUUAAUUAGUAGCAAAAUUGCGCUGAAAAUUUUUAGAAAUUUUAAAAUGCAAAUUAAAUUUCACGAAAAAAAAUAUCGUCGAAUGUCAAUUCAAGCAGUCACCCAUCCAAGUACUAACCGCGUCCAACGUUGCUAAUCUAUUCUAUUCUAUUAUUCUAGUUUUAAUAGAAUUAUAAUUAUACGUAUAAUAAUACGUAUAAUUAUACGUAUUAUUAUACGUAUAAUUAUACGUAUAAUUCUUGUUUCAAAUUCGUAUGUCUUAUUAUACGUAUAAUUAUACGUAUAAUAAUACAUAUAAUUAUACGUAUAAUAAUACGUAUAAUUAUGCGUAUAAUUAUGCGUAUAAUUAUACGUGUUUUUUUUCAAUAGGGGAUUGAGCAAAUAUUCAGACUGGGCCAAUCAAAAUUAGUCAUACAGUUCUAUAAGAAAGGAUGCUCUUCUACGUGCCAAGCCCUGCACUGCUGUUUAGUACAGUUUAUUCGUGAAGUUUAUUUUAUUAAUGCAAUGUCUAUUCCGUGUUCUUAAAUUUAUAAAUUUUAAAAAUAAAUUGUAACUGGAAUUAAUAUUUAAAUAAAUGAAAUUCCAAAAAAAUGUC